AUGGGGAUAAGUGGUAACCUCCCAGUAUCGAACCAAAUACGAGCUAAGGUCAUGUCAAUUAAUGGAUCCUACCGUUUUAGCACCAACUUCUACGUGAUACCCGAACUGAGUGCGCAACCCACUCGCGCAAUCAAGAAGGAUGACUUAAACCUUCCCGUUGGAAUGGUACUAGCUGACGAAAACUUCAACCAUCCAGGGCCAAUUGAUGCAAUAUUAGGCGCUGGAAUCUGCUUUGACUCGGUUGGUGUAGGGCUUCACCGCUUACCCAAUGGGCUCACAUUACAAGACUCCAAAUUCGGAUGGACUGUUGGCGGACUUCUACGUGAUGCUGCUUCGGCUAGCUUCCAUAAGCAGAGUUGCCAUAAUGCUACGUUCAUUGAUGACCUGAAGUCAAGCCUAGAACGCUUUUGGAAGGUGGAGGAACUACCACCUGAUGUUACGAACCAAAAGGGCCUUUUAGACCGUGAGCUCGAGGAGCACUUUAAGACGCACACGCGGAUCGCCGAUGAUGGUCGAUACAUCGUCCGGAUUUCGCUACGGGGGGAGCUUAACCAGCUCGGAGACUCCAUCGAGCAAGCGCAGCGACGUUUAUUAUCUCUUGAGCGGAAAUUGUCCCGGCAUGAAGACACCUACGUGGAAUACCGCAAGUUCAUGCGCGAGUAUCUUGAUCUAGGACACAUGGCUCCAGUACCGGCCGAAAAAUUACACAUGGUUCGCUACGUGAUACCACAUUCCUGCGUGAUUAAACCGGAUUCAACCACAACCACAAAGCUACGUGUUGUGUUUGACGCGAGCGCGGAGUCUACCAGCGGGAUUUCGCUUAACGAUAUCCAAGCUAUUGGACCAGUGAUCCAACCGGAUCUCCUUCAUAUAUGGCUGUACUUUAGAACGGAAACAGUGGUGGUAACCGAAGACAUUGCAAAAAUGUACCGCCAAGUCUGGGUGGCUGAGUCGGACACCUGGAUGCAGUGCAUAUUGUGGCGCGAGGAUGCGAGCCAUUCCGCUAAAAUGUAUCGGCUGCGUACCGUUACGUACGGAGAGGCCUCCUCAUCAUAUCUUGCCUGCAGGGAUGUGUUCGAGGUCGGCGAAGAAAUACGGUUUUCUAACCCGGAUUUCGCUGACGCCAUUCAGCGAUCGUUCUACGUGGAUAACCUUUCCUUGGGUGCUGCGACAUCGGAUGAACUACGUGUGCUUAGAACUGGUGUUGAACGAGCGCUCAUGCAUAGGGGAAUGCCUCUGCGGAAAUGGGCUUCCAACGUUCCUUCUGUGAUACACGAUGUACCAGAGGAACACCUUGACACUACUGUGCAAAUCGGGGAUAUGCAGGCCAUCAAGAUGCUUGGUCUAGCCUGGAACCCUACGGAGGAUACGUUCCAGUUGAUCAUCGACAAUGAUUUUCACUUGCCUGUGUGUUCCUUGACCAAACGAUGCUUGGUGCAAGAAUUGCCAAGCUCUACGAUCCAGUUAGUAUCCUUCAGCCCGUGA